UUUUGUCCUGGUUUUGCUAGCAUUUGAAUGAGAGAGAGCGAGAGAGAGAUCGAGAGAUAGAGAGAGAAGCCUUCUUUAAUAGCAGAGCUAUUAGUGAUAGCUUUGAAGGUGAUACUUGCCUGUAUGAGAAUUCUACUCAACGGAGGUGGCAGCAGAGCUAUUAGUGAUAGCUUUGAAGGUGAGACUUGCCUGUAUGAGAAUUCUACUCAACGGAGGUGGCAGCAGAGCUAUAAUUCUUCCUCACCUGCAGAGGCCGCCGGUUAUCGUGAAGCAGCAGCGUGCCGUGACGACUACUGUGGAGCUGCGACCACAACGAAGCCACCACCUUCAUGACUGGUAUUGUGGCAAUGGAUACAGUGGUAAUAGCAGCCAUGGACAAGGGAAGGAGGAGGAGCAGAGAGUGGUGGUGAUCAUGGGUGCCACCGGCACCGGGAAGUCGAAGCUGUCCGUGGAUUUGUCCGUCAUGUUCUCCGGAGAGGUCGUCAACUCCGAUAAGAUUCAGGUGUACCGAGGCCUCGACAUCACCACCAACAAGAUCCCCGUCGUGGAGAGGCGCGGCGUGCCGCACCAUUUGCUCGGGGAGCUCGACCCCGCGGCUGGGGAGCUCCCGCCGGUGGGGUUCCGGGCCUUGGCGGAACGCGCCAUUGGCGACAUCUCCGCCCGCGGCCGGGUCCCCGUCUUGGCCGGCGGGUCCAACUCCUUCAUUCACGCUCUGCUCUCGGACCGGUACGACCCCCGUCGCGACCCGUUCGGCCCGGCCGGGGCGCGGUGGCGGAGGGUGACAGAGGUGGAGGGGCUGCGAUACCGGUGCUGCCUGCUGUGGGUGCACGUGGAGGCGGCGGUGCUCGCGGAGCACCUCGACCGGCGGGUGGACGAGAUGGUGGGGGAGGGGAUGGUAGAGGAACUGAAGCGGUACUUCGCCGCGGAGGGGAAGGCGGAGCGGCACCCGGGGCUAGGGAAGGCGAUCGGGGUGCCGGAGUUUCGGGGGUACUUCACGGGUCGGGGCGGGCGGACGGCGGCUGCGUACGAAGCAGCGGUGGCGGCCAUCAAGUCGAACACGCGUCGGCUGGCGGAGGAGCAGGUGAGGAAGAUCGAGCGGCUGGCGGCGCUGGGGUGGCCGCUGCGGCUGGUGAACGCGACGAACACCGUGGCGGCGCGGCUCGCUGGGGAGGGGCCCGCCGCCGCCACGACGGCGCCGUGGCGGAGGGACGUGGCGGGGCCCAGCGCGGCGGCGGUGGAGCGGUUCCUCGAGAACAACGACUGGGACCACCGCCGCAGCCGCAGCCGCCACCGCCUCACCCGCACCCGCACGCGCGCAGUACUUCCGCCAAUUAAAGUUUGUUGAGCUUUGUUUCCUU